GAUUUUGUUUGAUUGAUCUGUUGGAUUUGAAAUAUUUUAUUCAAAGCUUAUUGAUUUCUUUGAAUGGCCCAGGAAGCAGUCAAAAGUUCUUUGUGGGAAAUAACUGAUAAUACGUGAUGUGCGUUUUUGAUUUUACACGGAAACAAGACAACUUUUGAAAACAUAAUUCAAAAUUAUCGAAGGAGUGGUAGAUUUGACACAAGGUAAGGCAUUCAGUGUGAAAUUGAUAGCAUCAUUUGCAACCAGUGGCUGAGUUUUUUUCAAGAAUGGGUUAUUCUCUUCUGGGUAUGAUUACUGCAGUAUAUUGCACUUUCAAUUUAAAAUGAUAAUUUAGUUUACACAAUGGACUUGUCACAUCUAUUUUUGGAAAGGAAGUGUAAAAGGUAUUGCUUUGUCCAAGUUGGACAGGGUAGAGACAUAAAGUAGCAGUUGAGAUGGACAAUUUGAUAUUGAGAGCUGGGCACAUUUACCUUUCAUGUAUCUUUAACAACAUGAAAACAGUUUGCUGCCAACUCAGUCAAACCAAAACAUUUACAUUGUUAUGAUAGUAGUAAGUGAACUGCAGGCUUGAAUCUGCAUCUAUAACAAACUAGGCAAAUGUGACUAAUCCAUUAAACACUAAAUUUGUGGUAUUAAUUUUUCUUUCUAUAUAGUUUACCUAACUAGUAUGAUUCUGAGUUUUAACAACACCCACUUGAUUUAUUAGAAUUCUUGUCCAUCAUUGAUGUCAAGACUUGUUUUAGAAGCUUUUGCAGGAUGCUAAUGCCAAAAUGGUUUUGAUUUUUGAUUUAGGUAUUUAAGGACAGGUGAAGUGUUGGUAGAAUAUUUAUUUAAACACAAAAAGACCUCUUCUAAGAGCAAAUAGAAUGCCACACAGAGGGUAGUAUCAGUUUUCAAGAUAAUUAUUUAUUACUUGUGGUUCUAUGCAAUCACUACAGCUUUUGCACAGAAGGGACUAACCUAAUAGUUAUGAAAAAGUGAUUGAAGUUCCCAUGGACAGGGCUGUGGUCUAAGACAAAUUAUGAAGAGCCCAAAGGCUACUGAAAUCCUGUGUGCCCAGCACUUUGAGCUUAUAUCAUGCAAAAAUAAGUUUUUCGAGUUGCACAAAGGGAAAAGUUAAGUGCCUCUGGCACCCAUACACCUCUAGAGCACAGUCCUGCAUGGGGCACCCACUUCUGUUCCAUGGAAGCCUGGUGUAACUAAGCUGACAUAGUGUCGUGUAGCCCGCUGGUAGUUCACCAUAUCUGCAGAUUUAAAACAAAUCAGUCUGUGCUAGUCAUUUCCAACUUGAGCGAUGUAGUUGUAUAGUGGAUUUUGUGCUUUUUUAACAAUUCACCAGAGAAUAUAAUGUAAAGUUAACAGAUUGGUAAACAAAAUAUUUAUUGAAAACUUGUCUUCACUGGCCAUGAAUAAGUGAUGACAAUUGGUUUGCAAAUAGCUUGCAUUGAAAACAGGCCUGCAUGCAGUGUAAUUUUCACAGUCUAUACUCUUUUCUACUAUAGGUCUUAAACAAUAUACUGUAGCAUUUAAGUAUGUGGUUGGCAAAUUAAGAAGACAGUACAAUUUUAUCCAAUGUGACAAGCUUGCGAUGUCUUUGACACAAAUUGCUUUGUGCAAAUCAAGCUUUUACAACUGUACACAAUGUUGUAGAAUGAGAGGAACAAAAGUACAAAUGGAAGAAUGGCUAGUCCCCAUGUGAUAUUAAUGAUAAUCAUGUAAAUACGACACAAAGAAUGUGGAUUGCCAUAGAAUUUUGAGGCAUGUGUUAGUUAAUACCCUACCACAAUCAUAGCAUUAGGUGAUGUUAUAUAUGCAAAGCUAUACAAAAUCUUUGCGUGGCACAAGCAGCAAACACUUGUUCUAAAAGAGGUAGGAGACAAAUUUGAAGUGUCUAAAUUGGUCUUUAUCACAACAUACUGAAACACUAGUUAUUCCUGCAAUUACAGUUAAUCAAAUUGAAAUAACAGUGAAACCUCUCUGUUGGACACCUGUCUACUAUAUAAAUACCUCUGUAGUAGACAGUUACAUGUAGUCUACAAUAUGAACACCUCUGUAAUAUGAAUAAUUAACAAUCAUUCCACGAGCAUGCAUUGGACAUGAGAUGGUAGAUAGCCAAUAAGGCGUGUAGCACUUAGUUGGCUAUAAUUAUUUCAUAUCCAACAAACGCAAGGGAAAUAAUUGUCUCACUAAAAAGUCCCCUAAAUACACAAAACUAAACUUAGUCUAAUAAAAAUAAAAAUAAAAAUGCCCCCAAAAAUUACUCUUAUGUAUACCAUAUUUCUAGAGUAUGGCAUAAUGGCUCGUAUACUGAGAUGGCUAAGCCAAUGAAACUCUUGAUUUGCAUUAUCCAAUGAUUUAGUUUUUAAUAAUGGAUACCAUAUGACUCUGCUACAUAUAGCAAUAUUAUUUACUAAACGUUUUCAGUGCUUUUAAUAAGAUUUGAAGCAGGUGUCUGCUCUACUGCAGCACCUGUUGACGAGCACUAAGAGAGGUCCACAACAACUUCCUCUCAAGGGCAAAUUUUUUCAAGAAAAUGCUGGUGAUUCACAACACAAAACCCACCAGAGCUUGGAUGCAUGCCUGACAGGUCUUUAAUAUUGAAUACAUUGCGAUGCAGGGAGACAGUAAAGUGUGUGGAUAGAAGAUGACAUUAUAGUAUAUAUCUUCUGCCUAUGAUUUUAACAUACUGUUAUAGCAUUUUUAUUGCAUAUGUUCACUCUUUUUAGUGCUCUAAUAUUUUGUCUUGUCAGUCAAAUACUCUGCAGAUUUCUUAGUUAAUUCUGCUGUCUUAAUGUUUUCUUGCUUUUCUAAUUAAUUUACUCCAUUUGAAUAGACUGCUUUCAAGUUGCUUUUAUUUUAAGCUCAAUGUCAAAACAGGUUUUGUGUAUUUAACUAAAAAGAUUCAUGAAAAAUGUAUUUCACCUAACUCAUUCAUUUCCAUGCAAUCCAAAGUUCUCCAGUCUGACUCGUUUUAAACUGUGAAGGCAAAAGGUAUCUUGUAAAUAGCCUAAUUGUUUUGACCGAAUGAAAUAUACACUUUUCUCUUGUAUUUGGAUAAUUUGCAAGAAACAAUAUAGGCCUAUUACAGCCUCUGAGAACCUUUUGGAAUGAUCUCACAGCUGUAUAAUAUUAAAGAUGCUCUUGUCUACCUCAAACCUUUCUUGCCCUUCAGUGUCUGAUUUGUAGGGGUUCAACUAAUUGUACAGUUUGUAAGUUUGUUUUGUGGCAAAGUUUGGUCAACAAUGUGACUGUUAACAUUCAUAGUGUCACAGUUUGUUAAUGUGGUAAACAUAUCUCCAGUUUCUCUAGCAUAAAGCACUAGUUUUUACCAUAUACAUGUGUAUUGCCAGCUCAAACUGUUUAAUUUUGUUUUUAGCGGACACUGCAUUACUUAUUGGAAAUCUAUCGCGGAGCAAGGCCAGUAAUGAUAAUGGUGAAGAGGAUCGAAGCUUACCCCUCGGAGGAAGUCCAUCAGCUCAAGAUGAUGCAGAGGGUAAUUUUAAAUUUGAUGGAUCCAGCUCAAGGAAUUCGACCCCACUUGUCAAGUCAGACAAGAGGGAUAGAGAUAAAGAGAGAUUGCAGCAUCUGGAGAAGAAACUCUCACAGACUGAAAGAUCUCCUAACUUUCCAAGGAAGACAACCAAGGAGUCUUUCAAGGCCAUGAAAGAGAGUUACAGACAAGAACAGAAGCGAAGAAUAAAGGAGUUAUCAAGUGCAUUGAAGGACCCUUCAGUUAUUAUUCUUUCAUCUUGGCUCAAGGUGCGUGGUACACUGAAAGGUUGGGCUAAGUUCUGGUGUGUUGUGAAGCCGGGAAUGCUGCUUAUUUACAAAAGUGCAAAGCAUGGCCAGUGGGUGGGUACUGUGCUCUUGACUGGUUGUGAAAUUCUGCAGAGGCCAUCCAAGAAAGAAGGAUUUUGCUUUAAGAUCUACCAUCCCCUGGAGCACUACAUUUGGUCAACAAAGGGUCCCAAGGGGGAGUUAGCAGGGUCAAUUGCUCAACCCAUGCCUAAGGAUCAUCUAAUCUUACGGGCAGAUUCAGAAUCUGAUGGUCACUGUUGGCUGGAUGCAUUAGAGGUUGCUCAAAACCAGGGAUACACCAUUCAAAAGGACAACAAGGGAAUGUUAAGUGAGCUCUAUGGAAAAGAUGACAAGGAAGACAGAGACGAUGAAAGUGGGAUUCCAGGCAUUCAAGAUCAGGAUGAUGAUAGCAAUGACGCCAUGGAUAAAUCAGACUCUGAGAAUGAAUUGGAUGACACUAUAGGACCACUGGGUAGAGAAGGUGAUGAUGAGGUGGAAGAAGGACCUAUCGUAGAAACAGUUUACAUCAGCGAGAAGGGAGAGGAGUAUUUAGGACAGGAAGGUGAGGCAUUGGAGGAGAUUGAAGAUGAAAACAAGAGUAUUCUUUGGGCACUUCUCAAACAGGUUAAACCAGGAAUGGAUCUUUCCAGAGUAACUUUGCCAACCUUCAUUCUGGAACCCAGGUCAUUUCUUGACAAACUGUCUGAUUUCUAUUUCCAUGCUGAUAUUCUGUCGAGAGUGGGAAGUUUGUUGUAUUUGAUUUUAGUUGCAUGGCAUAGCUCCCAGGAGUCUCCUGUUUCUGUUGUGUCUUGUAUAGUGUAUUUUGUUGUGGGCAAAAAGCCCUUUUUGUUUGUCAUUGUUGCCUGGCACUUUUGAACUUGUUAAACAAUUGACUGAUGCUACCAUUUGCUUGGUCACUACCAGGGCUUAAAGAAACCUUACAAUCCUAUUCUGGGUGAGACAUUUCGCUGCUUUUGGCUUCACCCAAAUGGUACCAAGACACACUUUGUAGCCGAACAGGUUUCACAUCAUCCUCCAGUGUCAGCAUUUUAUGUGUCCAACAGAAAGGAGGGGUACGUGGUCAACUGCUCAUGCCUGGCCAAGUCAAAAUUUUAUGGAAAUUCAUCUUCUGCCAUUUUGGAUGGAACUGCAACAAUGACUCUUCUGCGGUUUGGAGAAGAAUAUGUGAUGUCCAUGCCUUAUGCUCACUGCAAAGGUAUUUUGAUCGGCACUCUAACAAUGGAAUUGGGAGGUGUCGUCACCAUAAACUGCGAGAAGACUGGGUACAAGGCUGAAAUUGAAUUUAAACUCAAGCCCUUCUGGAAGAAGAGUGGAGAAUCCAAUUACAUUAAUGGCAAGAUAAAAAUGGGCAAGGAGACGCUGUGUAGGAUAGAAGGAAAAUGGGAUAGCGAGAUUGUUAUCACAGACUUGAAAUCCCCAAUUCCUGCAGGGGAGACUGAACCUCUGCCUGAACUGUUUUGGGAUCCAACCCCUGAAAUCAGAAACCAGAGACUUCCAAGACAUUUGGUGGACUACAGCACUCAAGGAGAAUUUGAAUCUGAGAAAAUACUCAUUUCUCUUUCUCUGUCAAAAAUGGUUUAGGAAAAGGCAACAAAUGAGAAGUUUAUUCUUGAAGAAGCACAGCGGAAGGGUCACAGGGAGAGAAGAGAAGCAGGAGUGGAAUGGAUUCCUAAACUGUUUGAACGAGAUCCAGCUGCACCUAAUGCAAUCAACCGAUGGCUUUACAAGUACAGAGAUGUAAGACCAUGGGACCCAAUGACAGACCUAAAGGAAUAUGAACAUGAAGGUAUUGUCAAGACUCAGUACAGACUUAAAGCACCCAUGGUGCGAACAACCAGCCUUCUUAGUGUCCAAGCACCGGAUGCUAAGAAACCAAUAUCAAAGCGAAAACGGCCCUCGUCAGGUCGAUCUCGGGGCAGCGGUCAAGUGAAAGGAUCACGACGGAAUUCAAUAGACCGUUCAGGUGCGUCUACACCCGAUCCCGAAGCCGAACACUCAAGCAGUGUCGAGGACGAUGACGAUGAUUCAAGCAUCAAGGAAAGUAUUGACCUGGCAAGUCUAGAGAAGGUAUUUCAACCACUGAAGGAUUUGCAGAAGGAAUGCGUGCAGCAAAUGAGAGCCAUCAGAAGUGAUCUACGUCGCCAUUACUCCUCUCAUCAGGAUGACCUUACUACACUGCAAUUCAAAGACUGGCUCUUGCUACUCCUGUUUGUUAUCACUCAGGGUUUCUUCCAUUGGUACUACAGAUGAUCGUGGGUGUUUGUGAUUUGGGUUUAAGUACUUUAAAUGAUCUGAAAAAAUUUGAAGAAUAAUUUGAGUAUAGCAAAAAAGAAGUGCCAUCAUCUUUAAAUAUUUUAUCAUCCCAACAUGAAGUAAGAGGUUGGCUCUCAUUGCAGAAUAUAUUGCCAUAAGGAAAGCUCGUUUCUUGAGUAUAUUUGUAAGGGAAAAUGAUUCAAAACAAAGUCUGUAAAAUACCAUCAUCUUUAAAUAUUUUAUCAUCCCAUAUUUUAACAAAUAUGACGAAGUAAGAGGUUGGCUCUCAUUGCAAAAUAUAUUGCCAUGAGGAGAGCUUGUGUCUUGAGUAUAUUUGUGAGGGAAAGUGAUUCAAACAAACAACAAGCAUUUUUUCUUGAUUAAUCAUUGAAAUACUACAGUGCAAAAAUGUUGGAAAUCGAGAAGUCAUUAAGUUUUGCUGCAAAAGUUUUAGUAUAUCAUGCAGGAAUUUAAGUGGAGAAUUUGUCUAAAAUGGGUGUCAUUGGUUAUAAGACCACUGCUACACAUGAGGAAAUGAAAAUGAAUUUCAUUAAGGCUUUUUUUUUUUUUCAUGUCUGGUGAUUUUCCAGAUAAUGCUUAACCUUUACAUUGUUUUUUUGAAAAUGCUACUAACCAUCAAAUGGCUGCUUUGCAACAUAUUCAGAGUGAUUCUGGAUGAUAUCCUGAAGAAAACAAUUGGUUCGCAAAGUAUGUUCAUAGCACACUCGUAGUUGUUAUGGGCACUGAGUUUUGCCAAAAAACAAUUGGUGUUCAAACUAUGCUUGUGGUAUGUACAGAUCAGUGAUAAUGCGUAUUAUCUGUGGAAAAGACUUGACUCCAAAGUAUGUUUGUAACAGUUCAGGUUAAGCAUGCAAGCAGUUCGCAAUAGCUAAACAUGCCUGCUGCAUUUAAUUUAGCAUCGCUGAGGACAGCGAAGGAGAAAUGGAUAAAAGCUAAAUGAUGUUUCUCUUUACUCUUUGUUGGGUAUUAUUGAAAUGUAUUCAACAUUAAUUUUAAGGAAUGGCCACAAAGUUGAACAAAUGUGAUUUCACUUUUGUUCAUGCUUUGUAAUUGUACAUGUAUUGUUAAUAAUACGGAUAUCGAAUGUUGUAUUUUUAUAUCAUGCAAGAUAGUUGAGAUUGUUGUUGGAGGUGACACUUAAUGAUGUUAAGUAAUAGAAUCUCAGGGCUGGUCAGAUGGCACAACUUUUACUUCCAAAUGGUGUGUAUCUGUGUAACUGGGACCCAGUUUUGUCGUAAGCAAAAGUUGUGUUGUCUUGAUUGGCACCUGUAGAUAUCUAAUGUGAUUUUUUUAGAUUUUGGGAACCAAGAUAUAAUGAUAAUAGUAGCUAAGGAAAACAAAACCUAUAAAUAUCCAUCAAAUGCCACAUCUUUCUUUUCAUUUAACCCCCAAACAGGGAUAUUUUUCCUCAUGACAUUGUCCAUAACCCAGUACACAAGUGUACAUGUGUUACUGACAGUAAUUUGAGUGAAAAAAAAGUAGCACUAUUUGCUGUAAUACUCUAACACAAAACAUGAACUCACACAACAUGCCUCAGUCCAUCAGAGUAAGAGUAGCUAUUUUGUUUAUCCGAUCGGGACAAAACCAGUGGAAUGUUUUCCCAUGUUUUGUGCCAAGCGGAUGUCAAAUUUUUAGUCAUACUUUGUAUAAAUAAGUACAUUAGCAAAUUCAAAUUGGGGCUUGAAGUGUGAAAUUGGCUCUUUUUCAGAGUUGAACUACGUAAUAUUGCAGCGACCUUUUUGUGGCAAGGAGACAUGGGUUUUGUUGUCCCAUAUUGACAGGUAAGCUACUACUCACAUCUUGAGAGCAAGGGAGGACUUGCAGAUAAAACAUUUCUGCUCUGACAAUGGCAAAAACAUCUCUUGGUUUACUUGAAAGAAUAAUGAAAAUUGGAAACUCUUCCAGUAUUGAAGAUUGUUUUCAACAAUGGUACUCACCAUCACAAAUUUAAGAAACAAAAUUAGAGAUAUAUAUUCAAAGUUCAUUAUAAACGUUUUUAAAAAUUUGUCACAGUGCCCUGCAAUAUCAGAAACCCUGUACAAAAACAGUCAUAUUACUGAUUAAGAAGAUAUUUUACCCUUCUAUUUAUAAAAGUGACACAAAUUUAUUGGAAAAGUUAAAAUUAUUUAUGAUCAUGAUGUGGGUGUUACUUAAUGAUAAGAAGUUUUAAGAGCAAUUAUGUCAAGUUUUUGCUUGAUUUUUUUGAAACCCAGUCAAUUAUUGGACAAAUUAAAAGGGUAACCAUUGUAAUUUGCACUGUAUUUGAAAUAAACAUUAUUGGAAAUGGAAAUAGUUAAGUUCA